GAGAGAUCUAGCAAGGCAGGGCUGAAAGGAGUGACUGGCAACCGGAUCCCUGCGCUGAGAGCAAGCGAGCUUAGGAAAGCAAGCUAACUUGAAGGAGUAGGGGAGGACAAGACUGACCGGUAGCCAGGCAGGCGGACGGACAGACGGACGCACUGACAGACUGAGCAGGCUCCAGAGAACCUUCACUCAGGUUCCUCCCGCCUUUCCCUUUGAAAGACAGGAUUUUGCCUUUUCCUUGGUGCCCGAGAGAGAGAGAAUGCUGGACUCUGCUGACUUCAGUGCAAGCUAAGAUUUCUCAGCUAGGGAAGAAAGAUCAGCCCAAUUCUGAGAAAGGGGGAACCAAGCUCCCUCGUCCCCAUUCCCCCUGCCCCCUCAAACCAAACUCGGGCGCCAAACCCAGCCCUUCCUUAACCACCCCACUUCCUCCUCUCUUUUCUAGCAUGGUGGCUUUAUGGACAGUCUGACAGAACAGAGACUGACAUCUCCCAAUCUGCCGGCCCCCCACCUAGAACACUACAGUGUUCUGCAUUGCACCAUGACCCUGGAUGUGCAAACUGUAGUCGUUUUUGCCGUGAUUGUAGUCCUCCUGCUUGUCAAUGUCAUACUCAUGUUUUUCCUGGGAACGCGCUGAAUGGAGUCAAGCCACCUGAGCUCUUGCGAACUCUUGCUUUGAUUUCAUCCCAAGAAUCACCGAGAAAAAAUAUCAAGACAGACAGACAGAGACAGGGAAAGAGAGGGAGCGAAAAAGCAAGCUUUCUUACUCAGGGGGGAAAACGUUUUGAGCUUCAACAUGGCCUCGCUGUGAUAUGGCUGCCUUGCAGCACCAAGGAUUGAUGGACUGGAACACUCUUCUCUAAGAAGGAGCUCUUGAGAAGGAAUAAAAUAUAAAGCCUAUGUAUUCCAUAUUCACAUUCUUGGUCAUUCUACCCACUGGUUAAUGGAGAGUUGACACUAUUGCUUGUCUUGUGAUCCAAUGAAGCUUGUGCUCACGGUGUCAUCUCCCUCUCUCCUACUCCUCA